CACACACACGCGCACGCGCUGUGCCACCGGAACAGGCAGGCGGGAAGGGGAGCCCACCCGAAACACACACACACCCUCGCGAUCGAAAAGGAAGAAGCCCCACCGAUUUAAGGUGGCCAUGACUUUAGCCUGUACGACCCGCGUUUGACGUGUGUGAGUGCGCGUGAGUGGAGGUGUGAGUGCGGCGGAAGCAAGAAGAGGAGCUCCUUGAUCGGAGUGCAGAGGAUCGGCACAGUCCCGGCGGCACGUGACAAGAAGAGAGGCAGCCCAGCCGAAACGCCAUCAUCGGCGAAGCAUCGUCAAAGGCUGCUGCACCAUGCGGCUACAGCGGCCGACGCCGGGGGCGCUGCUUGCCGCCGCAGUCCUUGCGGUCUCCUUAGCCAGCGCAAGGUCGCAGGGCUUCCCGUGCUACCAGGAGGGCUUCUACCGGGACCCGAACCACUGUGGCCGCUUCUACCGGUGCGCGCCCGUGCGGAACCGGCCGGGCGUCUUCACGCUCUACACGUUCGGCUGCCCCGAAGGGACGGCGUUCGACGAGUACCAGCGGAUGUGCGUGGAGCCGCACUACGACGACCCGUGCUUCAACCAGGUGUCCCGGGGACCGGCCUACGUGCCGCACCACUCCAUGCACCCGUUCAGGGCUCCCGUGCGGUCCAGCUUCAGGGACGGCCAGCAGCUGCCCUGCCGACGGGACGGCUUCCACGCGCACCCUUACGACUGCAACAGGUUCUACCGAUGCGUGCGGUACGAGCAGGACUCGUUCUACAGCAUCUACGAGUUCAAUUGCCCUGAAACGCUCGUCUACGACCAAGCAACCGGUACCUGCAACUACGCCGAACUCAGUGAAUCGGAGUGUCUCGCGAAUCAACGGCAGCCAAACAACAGCGUUAGCUGGAGCCAGAGUAACCCUGUUUCAGACUCUUCGAGCUGGUCACUGGCCGGAGCUGGUCCCGGAAAUGGUCAAUGGGGAGACACUCACCAGAACAUUGAACAGGGUCAGCAGGAAAGCAGCGCUUGGUCCCAAGUCCAGGGUCUGGAGUCAGUUAAUCACGGUCACGCACAAAGCCAGCCACAAGAUUCGUGGAAUGGUCAAGGGGGCAGCCAGGAAGAACCUCGUUGCACCAGGGAAGGUUUCUUCGGACACCCGGAUGAUUGCAACAAGUUCUACAGGUGCGUUUCGGGCGGCGCGGAUUCCUUUGUUGUGUACGUGUUCAGCUGCGGAGAGUCUCUAGUGUGGGACGAAGCGCAGAGCACGUGCAAUUACCCGUAUGCUGUAGAAGGGCGGUGCAAAAAUGCAGCGCCUGGCCCCUCCCAACAGCCAACAUUCCCUGAACAACCCCAGGGAUGGCCGCAACAGGGUACUGGAGGUGGUCGACCCGGGGGAACGUUGCCGCAACAACCACAGCGGUGGCCACAGCAGGGCACUGGAGGUAGCCAGCAGCCUGGAGGUAGUGGAGGAGAUGGACCGCUGCCAGGUGAUACAAGACCUGGUGACACAAGGCCUGGUGAUAUUGGGUCCAGCAACCCGAGACCGGGCGACACACGACCAUGUGACAAUCAAACUACCCCGGGGCAACAAGGUGGUUCAGCAUCCGGACAAGCAACUCCUUCAAACAAAGACUUACCAUGCCCCAGGGAAGGCUUCUACCGCAACCCUCAUAACUGUUACAGAUUUUAUCGGUGUGUGAGGCGCGAAGGCGGAAGUGGCUUUGACGUCUAUGAAUUCAACUGUCCCGAUGGACUCGUCUUCGACGAGAGGUACAGCGUAUGCAACUGGCCAUACCAAGCACCCCCCUGCGAAGAAAGUCACUCGGCCCAAAUUGUACAACCCGGGCAAGGUGGUCAAGGGCAAGGGGGAUAUCCAGGUCAAGGAGGUCGGCCAGGACAGGGAGGUAUAUCAGGUCAGCCAGGUAGUCCAGGACGACCAGGAACGGGUGGCACUCCGGGACGACCAGGCAGUCCAGGAACACCAGGGACAGGUGGUACACCGGGACGGCCAGGUACUCCGGGAACACCGGGGACGGGUGGCACACCGGGACGACCAGGUACUCCGGGAACACCGGGGACGGGUGGUACACCGGGACGGCCGGGUACGCCUGGAACACCGGGGACGGGUGGUACACCGGGACGGCCAGGUACUCCGGGAACACCAGGCACGGGUGGUACACCAGGACGGCCAGGUACUCCAGGAACACCGGGGGCGGGUGGUACACCAGAACGGCCAGGUACUCCGGGAACACCAGGGACGGGUGGUACACCGGGACUACCAGGUACUCCGGGAACACCGGGGACGGGUGGUACACCGGGUCGGCCAGGUAGUCCAGGAACACCUGGGACAGGUGGUACGCCGGGUCGGCCAGGCAGUCCAGGACAAGGUGGCAUACCCAGUCAGCCUGGUAGGCCAGGUCCACCAGGCCAAGGUGGCACACCUGGUGGACCAGGCACUCCAGGGCGGCCAGGACAAGGAGGCCUACCAGUUCAACCAGGACAGGGAGGAAGGCCAGUUCAGCCUGGACAGUCAGGUGGUCCUGGACUACCAGGGCAACCUCCUCUGCCAGGUCAGCCAGUACCAGCACAGCCUGGAAACCGACCAGGUCAUCCAGGACAGGGAGGCAGCCCUGGGCAAGGUCCACAACCAGGACAAGGAGGGCAGCCCAGUGGCCCCAGUCCAAGUCAUCCAUCGGGAGACGAGGGCGGCCGCGAACAAAGACCAUCGUGCCCACAGGAAGGUUUCUUCAGACAUCCUCAAAGCUGCUACCGAUUUUAUCGCUGCGUGAGCGGUAAUAGCCAAGGCAAUUUUGUAAUCUAUGAAUUUAAUUGUCCAGAGGGGCUUGUGUUCGAUGAACGUUACAGCACGUGCAACUGGCCAUCCGAUGCGCCACCAUGUGAUGGCGCGGCACCCCCGCCUGUAGGCCAAGCACCCCCUGCACCUAGUCAGCCAGGUGGUCCUCCUGUGGGGCCAGGGCGACCUGGAGCUCCAGGACAACCAGGGCAGGCUCAGCCAGGCCAGCAACCAGGACAGGGGCAACCAGGUCAGCCAGGACAACCUGGUCGACCGGACCGACUGCCAGGCCAGCCAAGACCAGGGCGGCCAGGUCAAGGGCAACCUGGACAGCCAGGGAGACCAGGGCAACCUGUACUACCACCGCAACCAGGCCAAGGACCGCCAGGCCGUCCAGGGCAAGGAACACCAGGCCAGCCAGGACCAGCACAACCGGGACAAGGGCGACCGGGCCAGCCAGGGCAACAACGCCCGCCUGGUUCAAGCCAGCAAGGAGGACCCAGCAGGCUUCCAUGUCCUCAAGAAGGCUUCUUCCGACAUCCUGAUAACUGCCAUCGAUUCUACCGCUGUGUUGACACUGGCAGCGGUUUUGUGGCAUACGAAUUCAAUUGUCCCGAAGGCCUUGUAUUCGAUGAACGGUAUAGUACUUGCAAUUGGGCUGAUGCGGCUCCUCCUUGCGAUGAAAGGCCACCGCUCGGCAUGCCUGCGCCUGGUGGUGGCGGAAGGCCUCAGCCUAGUCCCGGACAGCCUAGUCCCGGACAGCCUAGUCCCGGACAGCCUAGUCCCGGACAGCCUAGUCCCGGACAGCCCAGUCCCGGACAGCCCAUGCCGCGUCCUCCCAGACCUCCACAGACGCCACCACCCGCUGCCACGCCUACUCAACCACCGGCAUCACCACCAAGCAGGCCUCAAACACCAAGCGUGCCAGCAGGCACCACCCCUCCGGGAACUACCGGCCCCAUGACAGAAAGCACUCCUAUUACACCCGGCACUGGCAGCACUCCCACCGAGAGUACAGGGACUACUCCAACAGGAACAGCAGGCACACCUACCGACAGUACAGGAACUACGCCAGGAGAAACUGCUAGUACACCAACAGAUAGCACAGGAACAACUCCUUCGGUGACCACAGAGACAGGCACAACUGGCACAAUGCCAUCUUCACCAGGAAACACUCCUACCAUGCCACCUUCCCCUGAAACGACGCCCGCAGGCACCGGUAGCUCUGUCGCUGGCACGCCAAUUACCGGCGAAGGCGGACCGACGCAAGCUCCUCCACAGCCUGGUUCUGUUCCUGGAGGUACGCCCAGCGUGAGAGACCCCAAUGGACAUCCAUCGGGUUUGAACUGCCCCCGAACAGGCUUCUUCAGGGAUCCAAGUGACUGCACAAAGUUUUACCGCUGUGUCGACUUUUACAUGACAGGCCGAAAUUAUGUAGUAUAUCGCUUUGAUUGUCCCGAGGGAACUGUCUUCGACGAAAGAUACAGCGUAUGCAAUUGGCCUGACCAAGCUGCGCCUUGCGACCAGACGCCUGGCUCACAACCAGGACAGGGUCAACCAGGACAGGGCCCACCAGGACAGGGCCCACCAGGACAGGGCCCACCAGGACAGGGCCCACCAGGACAGGGCCCACCAGGACAGGGCCCACCAGGACAGGGCCCACCAGGACAGGGCCCACCAGCGCAGGGCCCACCAGCGCAGGGCCAACCAGGACAAGGCCAGCCACCUCAAGGACAACCAGCACCACCAGGAGGUCCUCAGCCACCCCAAGGUCAACCAGGUGGUGGUCCACAAGGUCCAGGUCCCGCGCCACCAGCCACUGAUGUGACGUCGCCUCGAGAGCCCACGACCCCCGAAGCAUCGGGUCUCUCAUGCCCCGAUUCUGGAUUCUUCAGGAAUCCUCAAGAUUGUCACCGAUUCUACCGGUGCGUCGACCAGUCUGAAAGUGGACGGGGUUUUGUUGUCUACGAAUUCAACUGCCCAGCUGGUUUAGUCUUUGACGAGAGGAUUAGUGUAUGCAACUGGCCACAGGAUGCGCCUCCGUGUGAAGGUGGUCAAGGACAGGGGCCUAGUAUAGGUGCUGCACCAGUACCACCAAGCAGGCCACCGAGCCAACCACCUAGCCGUCCCCCAAGUCGACCACCGAGCCAACCACCUAGCCGUCCCCCAAGUCGGCCACCGAGCCAACCACCUAGCCGUCCCCCAAGUCGACCACCGAGCCAGCCACCUAGCCGUCCCCCAAGCCGUCCCCCAAGCCGGCCCCCAAGCCGGCCCCCAAGCCGGCCCCCAAGCCGGCCCCCAAGCCGGCCCCCAAGCCGGCCCCCGAGCCAGCCACCGAGCCGUCCUCCAAGCCAGCCACCGAGCCGUCCUCCAAGCCAGCCACCGAGCCGUCCUCCAAGCCAACCGCCAGGCCAACCGCCAAGCCAACCGCCAAGCCAACCGCCAAGCCAGCCACCGAGCCAACCUCCGAGCCAGCCACCGAGCCAACCUCCGAGCCAACCUCCGAGCCAACCUCCGAGCCAGCCGCCAAGCCAGCCGCCGAGCCAGCCGCCGAGCCAGCCGCCGAGCCAGCCGCCGAGCCAGCCGCCGAGCCAGCCGCCGAGCCAGCCGCCGAGCCAGCCGCCGAGCCAGCCUCCAAGCCAGCCUCCAAGCCAGCCUCCAAGCCAGCCUCCAAGCCAGCCGCCUAGCCAGCCGCCUAGCCAGCCGCCUAGCCAGCCGCCUAGCCAGCCGCCUAGCCAGCCUCCGAGCCAACCUCCGAGUCAGCCGCCCAGUCAACCCCCAAGUCAGCCACCGCAAGGAGAGAGUUGCAGGCCACAGUGCAGCAGGACCGGCUUCUUCCGCAACCCAAGUGAUUGCACCAAAUUCUAUCGGUGUGUGGACUUCUACCAGGACGCCACAUACGUCGUGUUUAACUUUGACUGUCCGGCGGGUCUCGUAUUCGACGAGCGUUACAGCGUCUGCAACUGGCCCCACGAUGCACCGGCCUGCGAUGGCUCUUCAGACCCAAGUGCCGCUGGCAGCUGCGCACCAUCUCCUGGUCCCUCCCCGCCACAGCAGCCCGGCCCACCACAACAGCCGCAGCCUGCACAACCUCAGCAGCCACAGCCUCGACCACCUCCAUCACACCCAAUGCCUCCACCCCGACCAGCCGACUCUUCGGUAUGCAGCAGGGAGGGGUUCAUAAGGGAUCCUGCGGACUGCCACAAAUUCUACCGGUGCGUAGACACCUACCAGGAUGGAAGGUUGACAGCUGUCCAUUUUGACUGCCCUGCGGGACUCGUGUUCGACGAGCGAUACAGUGUUUGCAACUGGCCUCGCGACGCUCCACCAUGUGAUGACCAGCCUCAGCCACCGCCUCAGCCACCGCCUCAGCCACCGCCUCAGCCGCAGCCUCAACCGCAGCCUCAACCGCAGCCUCAACCGCAGCCUCAACCGCAGCCUCAACCACAGCCUCAACCACAGCCACAGCCCCCACCUCGACCAGAACCAAUUGAAGCAACUACAGCGCCUUGCGACAAGACAACUGCACCAUCCUCAGAAACGACACCUCAAGUCACAACGCCCUCGGAAGCUGCACCUUAUGAAGCGUCGACACCGUCUGAAGCAACAACGCCCUCUGAAGCGAUGACGUCACCUGAAGCCACGACCCCGGAGACCACAAUGGCACCGACGACGGCCGCGACCACUCCAGCCGCCAUGACCGAAGCGCCGACAACGCCAGCGGCCAGCACGAUGGAGCCCACGACGACGCCUUCCAGUCGCCAGCCCAAAAAGCUCGACGACCUCAUCCUGUGCGACAAGGAUGGCAACUUCGCAUUCGACGGUGACUGCGUCCAUUUCUACCGCUGCACUGGCGGGAAAUCCGAAAAGGCCGAGCUGUUCAAGUGCCCCGACAAGUACUACUUCGACACCAAGAUCGGCUUCUGUCGCCGAAAGAGGAAGAACUUCAAGUGCGACAAGACACCGUCGCCAGACUUGAUGGCCCGUCUUCCUCCGGACUUCAUGCAGUCCGCCAUAGUGGCCGGACCUGGUUUCUUGUGGGACUGAUGAAUAGGACAUUUAGCAUACGUGCGCUGGAGCAAGAUAUACAUGCGUAGCCGAACACUUGGCGAUUCGCGAAGUGCUAGCCGUUUCCUCUUAAAGCUUAAAGUGUCCAGUCAUCCAUCAUAGUGGUCCUCGCCCAUCUGUCAUUCCUACUUCUCACUCUCAUUUGCCGACGGCUCACUUUUGGCACCGCGGCUGCUCGGGGCCUAGUUAAUCAUGUGGUUCUAUUAAUAGCACAAAGCUGGUGCGGAGAGAGGAAAGAGGCAGGACAGCCAAGUGUCACAAACGGCUUCCUCCGCUGCGCUUUAGAACCGCCAGAAGUUCGGUGUCGCCAACGAGAAGGUACUGGUAGCCCCACCACGGCAAUAUGGACGUGCUCGCCAUAUAUGCUCUUGUAUAUCUUUCCCGCACAGCCACGCAUGGCCACCGAGCUCCGUCGCCCACCCUGUACACGAUAGCUGUUCACAACACUUUGCUUGCCGGCCGUAUUAUUUGAUUUAUUUGAUUUGCCGUGUAAAACAUUCCACCGAUAGCAAGAAGACAAAAAACACGUGUAGAUACUCUGGGGGCAUUCCAGGACAACCUGCUAGGCAAAUACGCAUUCUUCUUUUUUUCCUGUGUCGUGAGUAGGUUCUCAAGACGUGGUUGCUUUCUGGUCUCACUAUUUAAGAACGACUAUGAAAGGAACUGUAGCAGUAUUGGACGUGAGCCCAGCCUCAGAUGGCGUUGAGACGUGCGUCGAGAGUGCGACGUGUCCGCCAGCUCACCGUGCUGAUGACAAGCGGAACAGGGGUUUGUAGAGUGGUUAGGCUAAUCAUUGUCUGACAUUAAAGGAAUACUUCAUGCCACGUUGUUGCUUCCGUCAUUGUGAAUGAUUUCGGGCUGGAUGGCUUUUUUCUCUUUCUUUAGACUGAAUAUCUUCGACUUCAAAACAAGCUUUCUUUCUGUGGUUCAGUGUUUCCGUUCUUGCGCUUCCUUACAUCAGUCUGGCCUGCACAGACACCAGCUUCUCUGUUCUGCUUUCCAAUGUCGAGUGCCUUCAGGUUUGUAAGAGCUAACCUUCGAGACUGUAGCUUCAACGUGCUUCACUGUCAUUGCAGCCAACGAGAAUGGCGUGUUUGCGCAAUUAUAUGCGCCUUGUUCUUUUUUCUCACACUCAUUCGGAUAAAAUGAUAGAAGUUACUUAGAUCCCGCAUUCAUUUUUCUAUGCUCACAUCUUUGUGUAGCAUAAACAGGCGGUGGUGUUAGCAAAGAAGCAACCUUCAAAUUACGACUGCAUUUGCUUUGAUGCUCUGUUGAAAAAGAGAGUGACCUCAAGAAUUGAACAGUAUCUGAGAUGCGACUUUUCGUGACAAUUUUUAUUCAGAACAGUGCAGAGUUUCGCCACAAAUGAAUUAAUUCAUUCGUAUUCGUGAAAAUCAGUGCUUUCCGCGAAUAUAUUGUUUGUGGUAGACAUAGUUGGAGGGAGAGACAUUUAGCAUCGAAGCAAGCCUGACGCAUACCUUCUGCUAUAAACUUUUUCUGUAAAAUAUGAAGCAUGCUUGUAAUUACCGCGUCUCAGGGCUCUCAGAACGAAUAAAAUGCGGCAUCCAAGGUGACGCGUGUCUCGUUUUUUUUUAUGUCUCUACUGAUAUGCCUCAUCGUGCAGCUAUUGCAGGUUAAAGCUCUCUUUCGGUACAUCACCGGUUCUUCUGGGUCAUACGCAAACAGUGCUUCCUUAUAUUAAUAUGCCCUAUCUUUGAGGUAUAACAAAGCAAUCUUUCGACGAUGUUUGUCUUCAAGGUAAUUCUCGUCUUCCAAAGCACAUCGAAACAAAGACUACAAGUUGGGUGCGAGCAUGGUGUCGCAGUAUACCUUUCUGCGACUUUGAGGUAUGUUUACUUAGUAUUUAUUUUGUAGCCUUCACUUGUGACUAUUUCGAAUAAAAGAAACGAUAUUACUA